AUGCAUGAUCCUAAAAUCAUAAAGCAACUGCAACUGUCCAGCAAUGCUCCAUCGCCCACCACAUUUGCCUCUGCAGAGAUGGGAAGACAAAGACUUCGUGGAGAGAUUGUGAAAUUCCGAAACAACGUCCAGCACAUGGACAUCUUCGUCGACCAACCAGGCUUAUUGGACUCUUUCUGCAGGACUCUCCAUGACGAUGUUGACAGGCAAUACUUUCCAGACUAUUAG